AUGGCGAGCUUAAAACAGCAUCUCAAGGACGCCAAGAGCUACUUGGAUAGUCAAGACUACGAAUACUGCAUUGAAAGCGCUAAAGAGGCUCUGAAAAUCGAUAAAAACUGUUAUUUCGCCCACGUUUUUUUGGGUAAAGCUCUUUCCUGCAUCGAUGAACUCGAAGAAUCGAAAGCUCACUAUUUAACCGCAAUUGAUCUAGAUCCAGACAAUGUGCUGGCUUGGAAGGGUCUUUUUGUACUUUUCAAGCUAAGCAACAUUGCUCCAACGGUUGUAUCAUUCGACGAGUACUUUAACCUGUGUGGGAAGUACGCCGAGCUUCUUUUGCACCAACAGCUGCCAUUGACAGACCUUAUAAGUGACAUUCGAAAUUUCAAAAACUAUUAUAGAGACUCUCAGGAGUCGUACUUGCGUCAUAUGCGGCCGGGAACUCCAACAGCUGAGCUAUUGUCCCGCUACUUGAUUUCGCCCAGCGAUGCACUACAAGGACUGCUCAAUAUAGUCAGGUCUACAGAGCAGCAAAAAGUUUCGAAGCUGGUAAGUCGAGAGCGAUUGAAAAUUAGCGCCAAUCAGCCAGAUUACGAUUUGAAAGUUAACUCUAUCGCAUGGGAAGUCUACAAGGACUCAGAGGUGGACGACCUUUACCAGCAACUAAUUAACGUUACGGAUGAUGAUGAACAACGACGCAGCAACGAAGCCAAGUGGUUGGAAUAUAGACUGAAGGUAUUAAAGUCAAUGCCAGCAAACAUGAAAUCUCUAUUUUUCUCCAAAGUUAAGGGAAUGGUGGAAGAUAUGGUUAUUGUGGAUCACGAGUUUUUACUGGCAUGGCAGCUUUACUUUGAAUGGCAAGACUAUUCGGAUCUUAAUGGUAUGGAUAUCAACAUAAUUUCUAGGUUCAUGAAAAAGUUCCCUCGCGAGCCAUUGGCAGCAGUACUGUACGCUUGGGUAUCUUCAGACCUGUCCAUUUACAACUCUAAAGACUUUUAUGCAAAGACGUUUCAGGAAGAAAACACCAAUGGGUCCUCCUCAUCGAAUGUUGUAAUGGAUUUGAUUGACGAUGAAGUGGACGAAUCUGAAAAACAAAGGCUUGAACAACUGGUUGAUCCAGGGCUAGAAGAUCCGUCUUCAGGACUAUCUGAGGAUGAGGUCUUACUCUCGCUCACAGAAAACAUCAAGAAAACCCAACAAAGCAUUUUGGCUCAUCGUGUAGUUUCGCAUUACUACUUAUCCAUGCAUGAGUAUGAACACGCUUUACAGUAUGUCAAAGCCGGUACAAUCCUAUGUGCGCAAAGUGUUAAAGGUUUGGGCGCUCACUUGAGCAAUUCUAAGAAGGAAUUAACGCUGGAUUUGGCGACUACUUAUACAUACUUCGAGGCUCCCAAGAACCAUCCGACGGCACUUGCGUUAUUCGAAAAGGUACUUUCAGAAGACGCUGACAACGUCAAUGCUAAAAUGGGUAAAGGGCUGAUAGCCAUAGAAAGACGUGACUGGAAGGAAUCCUACGAUCUCCUGAAGGAUGUGUCUGAGCGCUAUCCUGAUAACUAUGAAGUUCUCUCCGAACUCGGAUGGAGCGAACUCAAUCUGGGCAACCAAGAUAUCGCAAUCGAGAAGUUUAAGCAUAUUUUGAACAAUUUUGAGGGUACGGACUUGAAAGCUCUUAAAUUCAGAUCUUUGAAUCACUGGAGAAUAGCAAAAGCUCUCAUCGACAAAGAUAAUAGCACGGACAGAGACCCAGCCUCUCAAGAUGUAAAACUUGCCUUCAAGCAAUUGGUCCAGUCAAUCAAAGUGAGCGACACUUUUGCCCCUGGUUACUCUACUCUUGGUGAUCUCUACUCCCAAUAUUACGAGGACCCAACAAGAGCGUUCAAGUGCUAUUUUAAGGCCUUUGAACUGGAUCCUAGCGAUCUUACUGCUGGAAAAUACAUGUGCGAGCAGUACUGCAGCUUAUCGAACUGGUCGUCGGCGGCAUUGAUCGCGGAACGAGUUGUCCAGGCGGAAAAGUCUAAGAGAGCUCUGCAGAAUGUUAAUUGGCCGUACCGUGUUCUUGGUAUUGCGUGCCUUGAAAAACAAUCUGACGCAGACUCAAUUGAGUGGUUUCAGUCUGCUUUACGUGUCGACUCUUCAGAUCUGGAGUCCUGGAUUGGCCUUGGACAGGCUUAUCACUCUUGUGGCAGGGUCGAAGCUUCACUAAAGGUGUUCGACAAAGCUCUUGAGGUAGAACCUGGCAACCCGCAUGCUUUAUAUUUCAAAGCCCUCGCGUCGUCCAAAAUGGGACAAUAUGAAGAAAGCUUGGAGGUACUUCGAGUGCUCACAAAAACCCACCCAACUGAGGAGCACUAUCAAGUCACAUUAGUUGAAAUCCUGAUUGAGCAUGCAAGAGUUUUACAUUUACAAGGUUACCUCAUUCAAUCAAUAGCCGCUGCUGCCGAAGUUGUGCAACAUGUUGAGACCAUUAUUCUACAAAUUUCUUCCGGCAGUCAAGCCGUGUGGAUGGUCUUGUCUAAGGCUUUGAAAUUAUUUUGCUCAGUACAGUCUCAGAUCCAUAGGUUACCCUUGGAAAGCCUGGUCAACAUAUUUGAUAGUCUCGAACCCAAAAACACCAAAGAAAUCGAUUCAAUCGAUGGCGUCAUUUACGCUUCGCUUCUUUCUGAUCUCGAGCAAGACAAUGUGGUGAUCGCUGCAAAAUUUUUGAUUUUAUCGGUCAAAUAUUCAUUGGCCUCCAAUGAUUACGAAAGACUUUCACGGACAGUGCGUGCUUCUCUAUGGUACAACUUAGGAGUAGUAGAAUUGGUGGCUUUUGUUAUCUUGAAAUCAAGCACAUACAGAGACGCCGCUAUUGUAAGCUUCAAAAAGUCUAUUGAGUUUCAAUCGAACACCGCUGAAGCAUGGAUAGGAUUUGGCAUCGCUUCCAUAGACCUGAAUUACCGAGUAGCUCAACAUUGCUUUAUCAAAGCAGCUGCGUUGGGACCAAGGGAUACGAGCGUUUGGUUCGGCAUGGCUGUUUUGGCGUUGAAGUAUAAUGACGUCGCCUUUGCAAAAGACGUUCUUAUGAAAUCACAGAGCAUUGCCCCUCAGGAUUCUACACCAUGGCUCGGCCUUGCUCUAGUAUCUGAAAAGAGCGGUUUUACAGAAGAAACCAGCAGGCUUUUUGCCCACUCAUUCGUACUCUCAAAUGGCAAGUCAAGUGCGGCUCAAAUUCUUUACGCGAAAAGUGUUCUCAACAUGCGAAUUGGAAACGGAGACGACGCGAGAGACGUUGGGGCAACUCAGGAUCUGAGCGCGGUUGCAUAUGGUUUGGAUGAAUACUUGAAAAAGAAUCCAGUCGACAAAUUCGCUCUACAGUGCGCUAUAUUGGCAUUUGAGAGGCUGCAUCAUUUUGAAGCUGCUCGAGCUCUUUCAGACCGCUUGCUUGAUAUCUUGGAGAGACGUUUCGAGAAACUUCAAGAUGACUCGGAGCUUUUCAACUUUGCUGUGAUCAAAUCGCAGAUGGCUCGUGUAUAUCUGGGAUCCCAAAUGUUUGAUUCUGCGCUUGAGAGUGCGGAUUUAGCCCAGGGUAUUCUAAGUGAAUAUGACAACGAAAGAGCCAAAAAAUCGGUCAUUUCGAAUCAUGCUGUUAUGGGACUGGCUUAUCUCUUUUCGGACGCCUUCGAUCAGGCUGUGGAACAGUUCAAAAGCAUUUUAGCGAAAUCCAGUGAAUCUAAAGAUCUUGUUAUAAUGAUUUCGAAGGUACUUUACAGUAUUGACUCCGAGGAGACCCGUGAUGUCGCUUUCAAAGAGCUUGUGGACUAUGUCAGCGAGCACGGACAAGAUCUGGUAGUGACUUUAACUAUUUCUGCAAUGUCAAUUUUAGAAGGAAGGGUAGAAGACAUGCGCAUGAUUCUAUCUGAACUAAAAAGCCUACCUCUGGAGUCAAUCGUCCUUGACAGGCACCGCGACAUUCCUUUCCUAAUCAGUAAAGUGGAAGAACGGGUACGUGGGGAUACACAAACGAUGGCUAUAUGGCAGAGAACAGCAUUUUUGUUCCCUAAUGACCCGAACUCUUGGCAAACGUUGGACAAAAAGGUCAGACUGCGUGUUUCUUCAGAUGGGCAAAACAAGGUGAGUGCCCAAAAUAUGAGCGAUUACUAUUGUGCCUUAGGCAAUGUUUCAAAAAUUCAAAGAGGCUUAUUCCUUUGUCCUUGGAAUACAAAGGCUAUAUCCAAGCUCGCGAGUUGCUUUUGA